CUAAGUUAGUUUAUUAGUAAAUAGAAGUAAAGAACUUACGAUAUCGUACUAUCAUCGUCGUUAUCUACGUUGUUCGAUUCUUCUAUUGAUUUUUCCCUUCUUGUAGAUUUAUUGAUAUUACGCUUUUUGAACAUCACGGCGGAUUAAGAAGAACAUCCAUGAGCACACCAGGCGUAAAAGAAGAGAGUGAACAGUAUAGUUUACCACCUUUGAAUGUAUUAGAUAGUCUACAAGCUAUGCCACAAACUGUAGAACCGGGGAUGGGGAUGAAUCCAUCAAUCGCUCCUAUGCCAGCACAGAUACCAGCGGGGAAUCAGAAAGCCCGGGUUAGGAAUUUAUCAGCUAACGGUCCAACGGUCGCUAGCCAAGCAGAUGACGAGAAGUAUAUACUCAAAUUCAGAGAUAUGAAGAAGAAGACGAAGGGUUUGAUGACGGAGAACGACAAGUUAUAUCUCAAAUUACUCAAGACACAGUGGGAUAUAAAGAGAGCCAAGAUGUACAAAGCUAUACUAUACGAGAGAUUACAAGCAGCGAAGGAAGCCCAGGAAGCUCAUGAAGCCCAAGAAGGAGAAGAAAUGAGUAAAGGAGAAUGAAAAGUAAAUAAACUGCUAUUGUAUUUUAAUGUAAAAUUAUUUUUUAUCUAAU